CAAUACAGCAGCAGCUGACUGAUAAGGUAUUUUGUUUUUGCUUGUUUAUCAAUUCAUUAAAAAUUAUAAAAAAAUACACAAAAUCUUCAUUUAACAAUUUUAUUUUAAAUGUAAUAAACCAAGUCUAUUAUACAAUGCUUGCCAGGUUUGUGAAUUCUUUGCCGACUGGCUUAUCGCAGAGAAUCACCAAGCUGUACUUUCAAGUCCUAGUAAGGAACCAGCGCGAGAUGCACAGUUGCAUGGAACAUCACCAAUACAACAACAUGGAUGUAAAAAUAUUGCCUGCUCUCAAGGACAACUACAUGUACCUACUUGUGGAUAGGACAACUAAUGAGGCUGCAGUUGUCGAUCCAGUGGAGACCAAGACUGUCCUACAGGCUGUUCAUGAUCAUAAACUUAAACUCACCACUGUCUUAACAACACACCAUCACUGGGAUCAUGCUGGAGGCAAUGAAGAGCUGGCUAAACAAGUUCCAGGGAUUGAAGUAUAUGGUGGUGAUGACCGUAUUGAUGCACUGACUAAAAAAGUGGAGCACAAUACAAUCUUCAACAUAGGGAAUUUAAUGGUUCAAUGCCUGUCCACUCCCUGCCACACAAUGGGCCAUGUCUGCUAUUACGUGACUACUCCUGAUGAAGGAUCAGAUGGUGUUGUGUUUACAGGAGACACAUUGUUCCUGGCUGGCUGUGGACGUUUCUUCGAAGGCAAUGCUGAACAGAUGUACAAUGCAUUCGCAAUCCUUGGCAGCCUCCCAGAUAACACCAAGGUUUACUGCGGCCAUGAGUAUACUCUGCAAAAUCUUAAAUUUGCUGCACAUGUAGAACCAAGCAACCAGGAAAUUUUAAAGAAAAUUGCAUGGUCAGAACUGAGGCGUGAGGACGGAAAGCCAACGGUGCCAUCAACAAUUGGUGAGGAGAAGACAUACAAUCCCUUCAUGAGAGUAUAUGAGGCAGAGAUAAUGCAGCAUGCCGGAGCACAGAAUGCUAUUCAGGCCAUGAAAAAUAUCCGUUUAGAGAAAGAUUCAUUCCAAUAAAAGAAAUAUAUAAUGUAACUUAUCUUGCUUGUAUACAACUAUUCAAACAAUGAAAAUACCUACUUUGAUAAUAAUAAAUAUCAGUAGGUGUACUCCAAACUUAUUACUCUAUUUUUUGCAGUUGAAUAGUUGUGUACAAUGAAUAAAAUAUUUCGUCUCAACUUUUCGGAUUAUCGGGGUAUAUUUAAAGUGCUUUACAUUCGUUUUUAUUCUUGAUUAUAUACUGACUGUUUGAUAAGUUCUCUCACUCUCUCAUAGAGAGCAGAAAAUAUGGUACCAGUAAUAAAUUUUUGUUAUUUUUA